CAGCACUGUUGACAUGUCGAAUUGAGUUAACUUAACCUAAAAAAGAAGUUUGUUUACUAUUGCUAAAUUAAAUAACUGGAAAAAUGAUUUCUGAAAGUAAAAGAAAAGCGGACGAUUCGGCUUUGGUGCCAGUUUCAAAGAAAACACGUAACGAAGUCGCCGUUUCACGAAAUAAAGCGCUCUCAUCGACGACAGUAGCCCGUACUUCCAACCUAUUCGCACCCAUUAUGCUUCUAGAGGGACACGAGGGCGAGAUUUUCACAUUGGAAUUUCACCCCGAAGGACAGUAUUUAGCGUCAUCAGGGUUCGAUCGUCGUAUAUUUUUAUGGUCUGUUUAUGGAGAGUGUGAAAAUUUAUCGGUCAUGUCCGGCCAUACGGGGGCCGUAAUGGAAUUGCACUUUUCACCUGACGGCUCCCAUAUAUUCACGGCAAGCACAGAUCAUACACUUGGAUUAUGGGACAUCGCAACAGGGCAACGAGUAAAAAAGUACAAGGGACAUACCAAUUUUGUCAAUUCCUGCCAAGGUGCGAGACGCGGUCCUCAAACUUUGGUGUCAGGAAGUGAUGAUUCUACGAUUCGCUUGUGGGAUACCAGAAAACGAAAUAGCGUUUCAACAAUUAGUACCCCGUACCAGGUAACCGCCGUCACCUUUAGCGAUACCGCCGAACACAUUUACAGCAGCGGAAUUGACAAUGAAAUUAAGGUUUGGGAUAUACGAAAAAAUGAAUUAUUGUAUAGCAUGCGUGGACACGCGGAUACCGUUACCGGUAUAUCGCUAAGCCCGGACGGUUCGUAUUUGUUAACAAAUGCCAUGGACAAUACGUUAAGAAUAUGGGAUAUAAGACCUUAUGCACCGCAAGAACGCUGUGUCAAAGUAUUUACAGGACAUUUGCAUAAUUUUGAAAAAAAUCUUGUACGGUGCUCUUGGUCGGCUGAUGGGAGUAAAGUGAGCAGUGGUUCAGCUGAUCGUUACAUGUACAUUUGGGACACGACCUCUCGCCGAAUUAUAUACAAAUUGCCUGGACAUAAUGGGAGCGUUAAUGAUGUGGAUUUUCAUCCUAAUGAAACAAUAAUUGCAUCUGGUUCAAGUGACAAACAAAUUUAUUUAGGCGAGAUCGAGUAAUAUUACAAGAUAUUGUGAAUAAAUAAUUUCUUAAUUUUC